UGUGGUGCGUGUGUUUAUUUUUCCCAUUUUCCAGCUAUCGUUUUCCGUUCCGUCCUUGGUCACCUUUGGCGCUGGUCGGAACCGAGGGAACUCGCUCUAAACAAAAACGCGUGACGGGUGGCGGCGGCGAGAGUGGCGGAGUACGAAACACAGAAAAUCGAGCCAAAGCAGUAGCAGCAGCACCCGAUACAACCCACCACCGUCAGGGAGGGUUCUGUUUUUUUUUUUCUUUUCGGGGGAAUGGGAUCCCGGCUGCGCAGACGCAGCGGUCGUGUGUUCGCUUCUCCACGAGCCGAAGAAGCAACAAAUUUUCCAUCCGUUCCAUUCGAGCUCGACUUUGUGCUGGUUGCUGAGGUACACAACGCGGGUUAUACGCCAUUCGCGGGCAGAGCAGUGGCCACAUUCGCGCCCGUUGCAGAGAACAAACAGAGGACAGCAAAGAAAACGGGCGAAACGCGCAUCACACAAUCAUCCGAUUCGCGCGUACCACCGGGGACGAGGCACGAUCAUCCUGGAAUCGACAACGCUAGUCACCGCCUGCCAUCAAUCAGAUACGGUGUGUGAAUCAGAACGUGCCGCCCGUGUGUGGCCCCCCUUUCAGAAGACAAACAAAAAACGCGUUGUGAAGUGUUGAUAAGGAGCAGAGGUCUUUAGCACUGGAAGGGAACACAACAAACCGACGGUGCAAGGAUAGCCAGUGCCGAAGGUUAGUUGGUGCAACAGUCGACGUAACGUAGCUGCGGGAGUUCUGAACGGGAAGAAUGUGCGCGUGAGGUCUCUCCACCACCGUCCAAGAGGGGCCGACACAGUCGAAGGACACCGCCAAAUGACACGAUCAGUGACUGUGGUGUGGUGAUAUCUGAGACGCGCGUGCUUCUCAACAGCCAGGAUGUCAUAAUAUCCAUAAUAGACCCUAAUCGCGCUGGAGUAAGGUUUCGGUGUUUGGUGUCCCUGGACCAGUGCGUGCGUGCUUGUGCGUGUGUGUGUGUGUUUUGAGCAUUUAUGCGUUAGCGUUACCGUGCUGGUUGCCCGCUUUGGCAUCAACUCAACAGCGGGGUCCACGUUAGCUGGGUGCGCUCUAUGGUUCGUGUCUACCGCGCUUUCAUCAUUCAACCGGUUCAAGCCCUCCGUCGUCAGCAGCAAUUCCACGACGCUUAGCAAUACCAACAGGACGAACAAAAGCCCGUGCCCCUGGGGGCUUUUUCUUUGGCUGGAAACCCCCAGCAACGUUCAUAUUAUAUCAGCCUUGCGUGUGAAGCGUGUGUGUGCGGACGCGCGCGUCUCUGUGUGUGUGCCUGUGUCCGUGAGAACGAGCGAACGAACGAGAGAUCCCCCCCCCCCCCCAACAUCCCCGUUUACUCAAACGCAAGCAAUCAAACAGAAACGAUACAAAUCAAAGUAAAAAGGGCGGCUGGCUGGUGUGUGUCUCCUCGGGUCUGCCUGUUUGCCCUGUUAGCCGUCCUGGGAGGACACCCGGCCGAAGGAUAUCGCAGGCAGGCUACGGCUAUGGGCAGUUUGUUGGUUCGUGUGUGUGCUGCUGGGCGCCCUGCUACAACGUGAAGCAAAAAAAAAAAACACCCAAAGCCCGUACGCCCGCACCACAACCAUCAGCUAGGCUAGACCUGUGUGCUGUCUCCUGGAUGGAGCAGAAGCGUAAACCUGCCCGUGGCUUUCGUGUGGACGCGUGUGGUUUAGUGUGCGUGCCUCGCUGCAGGUGCUGUAACGUAGCCGGUGCUGCUGCUCCACUGUCGCUCGUGGCCCGUUAAAGCCUCCCGUCGUCACCGUGCGUACUCCGGUAGCGAUUUUCUGUGUGAGGCGACGCAAAAAGUUGGACGGUGCGGCAAAGAACGCUGAGAACGACGGAGACGACACCGACGACGGGGACGGGGACGAGGAGGAGGAAGAGAGUGAAGUGAAGGACGUGGUUGGGCAGGACGACGAAUCGAAGCUACUGUUGCGGGGGUGUCACAACACCACCACUGCCACCACCAGCACCGGUGCUACCUCCUCUACCGCCGCCACCACAGCCCCGCAAGCGAUCGCCGGUGCCCGGUUGUCUGUGUGUCAUCUGCGUAAAAGUCCCAGCCGGAAAGCGGCAGCCAGACUGUUCCGCUGCUGUUUGCCGUGCCGCGGCGACGGAGGCGGAGGUGGAAGUGGAGGCGACGGAGGAAGAGGAGGAGGAAGGGGAGACAGUGCACGGAGCAGUAGUAGUAGUGGGAGUGGCAGCAGCGAUACCGGCGCGGCCCGUGGCAAUACAGUGAAGGACACUGGUACGCAGGGCCGGACAGCAGCGCACGGCAAGGACAACCGUGCCGGGAUCGGCCGAGGCCGAGACCGGAACGACGGCGGCAGCCGAGGAGAAAGAGGACGAAGAGGCGGACGGGGGUCGGCCGGCGGGGAGGCGACCGACUCGACGGACGGCAGCGCGGCGGGCGGGCCAGCGGUGAGCGCCGCCGGUGUCGGCGACGCCGGCGCCGGUACCAACAGCUCCGUGGACCCGGUGGCGAUGGCAACGGUUGUGUCGAGCGACGGGAAGCAAACAACCGGCGGCCUCACCACCACCCACCUUACCGGCAAUGGGCGGCCACGGAACAGUAAUGCGCGCGGUGUACUGCAGGCGUCGCUGGCCAAACAGGAGGAGGACGACGAGGACGCGGACACGGACGAGCUGGAGCAGGACGACCCACUCAAGGGACGGAUCGGGCCGGACCAACCGGUUCAGCCAUCGCAUGCGCACCCGUCGAUCGGACUGGGCAUAAUUGGUGGUGGAACGGGUGGCAGAACGGGUGGACAUCAGCGGGCAACCGGAAGGCAUCGUGGAACAUCGGCCCAACAGCACCCACAAUCACUGCCCCAUAUACGCGAGGAACGAAAGCGGAACGGUAGCUCGGACGCGACCGUACGGAAGGAUGGCAGUGGUGGUGCUACGCUGGAAGACGAAGCCGACACCAGUGGCUCCAUGAUGGAGGAGGACGAGGAGGAAGAGGAGGAAGCGGAUAUCGAGCUGGGGCAGGGUAAGCUGCCGAUCGACGACCGAUUGGCACCGGACGACGAGGAGGAGGAGGACGAGAACGAGGCGAACGACGAUGGCUACAGUGCGGAUGAGGACGAUUCGGCGCGGCGGGUCCUCGCUGUUCCACUCAUACCGACGGUAGCCGGUUCGGGCAAGUAUCAGCAGGCUGGCGGCAACAGUACGGCCGGCAAGCAACAGCAACAACUCCCACCGCCCCAUCCCAAAUAUCAUCGUAACCGGCGCCAUACGCUAGCGAACGUGCGCUUCAUGGACAAUGCGGACGGGUCCGGCAGUGGGCCGCCGAGCGGUGUGAUGAGCGUCGUCGGUGGAUACACGAGCCGCCGGUCGCCGCUGCUGCUACCGUCGGGCGACGGUGGUCCCGGUGGACCGGGAACGCUACUGUCCGCCGCCCUGCCGCAGCGUCGCGAAUCGUUCCUGUACCGGUCCGAUUCGGACUUUGAGAUAUCGCCGAAGGUGUCGUCCGUAUCGCUGCUGGCAGCACGAUGCAGCGCCAACAGUGGGUCCGGUACGUCCACCUCGAACGUGACGAGCGGUACCGGCAGCGGUGGAACGCUCACAUCCAACGCCGGUGGCCGGGAUGGGGCGUUCCACUGGAAGGAAAGCACCACGCUGGAGGAACCGACCGUACUGUCGUCGAUCGCCUCGUCACCGUCCAGCAGUGCGACGACCGUGGUUGGUGCCGCCUCCACCGUCGUCACGUCCUCCACGUCCGAGCGAACUACGGUUAUGAGCGGUUCCGGUGGUGGUGGCUCCAGUGGACAUCAUGAUGAUCUGAUCGUGACACCGUUUGCGCAGAUUUUAGCUAGUUUGCGCACGGUGCGUUCCAACCUGUACGUCCUUUCGUCCGCGAUACCGGCAUCGGUAGCAGAGAGUGAGCUGGCUACACGGAGAUCUUCUGCCGGUGCCGAAAGUGCUGAAACUGAUCCGGGAAGUGGGCAAGGUGAUGACAGCCAACCGGACAAGGAAGGUGACCUGCGACAACUUACCACGGAAACGAUUGAUGAGCUUGAAUGGUGCUUGGAGCAGCUGGAAACAGUUCAAACGCAUCGCAGCGUGUCAGACAUGGCAUCUCUUAAGUUUAAACGUUUACUGAACAAGGAAUUGUCCCAUUUGAGUGAAUCUAGCAAAUCUGGCAAUCAGAUCAGCGAAUACAUCUGCACAACGUUCUUGGACAAACAGCAGGAACCGGACGUACCAUCCGCUCCGGUAGUAGGUAGUGCCUUGAUCGGUCGACAGACGGGUGCCGCGGGCCGAAUGUCGGAGAUCAGCGGAUUCAAGCGCCCGCUGCAGCACACGAACUCGUUCUCCGGUGCGGCCGGUGCCGGUGCCGGUAACAGUCUGGCCGAACGCUUACCACCGUACGGUGUGCCGACGGCGACGGCCGCCGACGAAGCCGAACUUGGGGCUCUGCUGGGUCAGAUCGACCAGUGGGGUGUGGACAUCUUCCGCAUCGGAACGCUCAGCGGUAGCCGGCCACUGACAGCGGUUGCGUACACCGUGUUCCAGGAUCGAAAUAUCCCACGCACGCUUACCAUACCGCCAACGGUACUGCUGGCAUUCGUUAGCACGGUCGAGGAUCAUUACGUCGCGGACAAUCCGUUCCACAAUUCGCUGCAUGCGGCUGACGUGACCCAGAGUACGCACGCGCUACUGCACAGUCCGGCACUGGACGGUGUGUUUACGCCGCUCGAGGUGUGUGCGGCACUGGUCGCCGCCUGCAUACACGACGUCGACCAUCCGGGUCUGACGAAUCAGUUUCUUAUUAACUCUAGCUCUGAGUUGGCGCUUAUGUAUAACGACGAAUCAGUAUUGGAGAAUCAUCAUUUGGCGGUGGCCUUCAAACUUAUGCAGAACGAUGACUGUAACAUCCUGCGCAAUCUUCCCAAAAAGCAACGUGCGACCUUCCGGAAGAUGGUGAUAGACAUGGUACUGUCGACGGACAUGUCCAAACACAUGACGCUGCUGGCCGAUCUGAAGACGAUGGUCGAAACAAAGAAGGUAGCAAUAUCCGGCAACCAGAACCCAUCCGAAUCGCGCACCAGCGGUAGCGGCGUUCUGCUUCGCCUGCUCGACAGCUACACCGACCGUAUCCAGGUGUUGCAGAAUCUGGUCCACUGUGCCGAUCUGAGCAAUCCCACCAAACCGCUGCCGCUCUACCGGCGCUGGGUACGCCGGCUGAUGGAGGAAUUCUUCCGGCAGGGUGACCGUGAACGGGCGGCCGGUAUGGAUGUGUCGCCGAUGUGUGACAGACGGUCGGCCACGGUAGAAAGCUCGCAGGUGGGCUUUAUCGACUACAUUGUCCAUCCGCUGUGGGAAGCUUGGGCGGAGCUGGUACGGCCCGAUGCGCAGGACAUACUGGACCGGUUGGAGGAGAAUCGUGCGUACUAUCAGGCGUUAAUACCACCACCGUCACCACCCUCGCAGGAGAAAGAUGAGGAGGAGGAGGAGGAGCAGCAGGAACAAGCGAAUCGGCAACAGCAGCAGCAGCAGUCCGGAAGCUCUCAGACGGGUGGGCAGGAACAGGGGGACAAGGAUGGUGGUAAGCGAAACGAACCACAGCAGCAGGAACCCAUGCCCAUCGAUCCGCAAGCGCUGGCCGCAAGAUUACGAUUUCAGAUGACACUAGCCGAGAAUGACGAGGAGGAGGACGAGUUCGAGCAAGACAGUAACGCUAACCCGGAACAGGAGGAACCACAGUGAACGGCAUCAUCAUGACCGACACCAAGCGCCGCCGAAAGCAAAAUGGAAAGCAAAAUGACAAUGCGCACCAACACGCAGCAACUGAGCCAAAGGCUAUCCGUUCCAUCCUUUCCACGUCAAAGUUUGUUAACCCCUGAACCACACACACACACACACCAGCGUAUCGUUUACUGUCUGGUAAAUUGUUGAGCAAAGAUUUUAUACCGUGGAACGGAACGAUUCAAAAUGGUUCGUUAUUGUUGUUGCCGUUUUUGUUUUAGGUUCAUUUUGGUUUUUUUUUUUGGAAACUUUGUUGUGAAGUUUGAACAGACAGACAACCGGCCCUUUAACAGCCGAGUGGGGGCCUGUAAAUUGUGCCAGACACACACACGCGCGUACAUACACAUACAUAUUGGAGCACAAGGAUCUUCUGCUGGAAAGAAGACACAAGAACACACUCCUUCAAAGAAAAAGGACUGAAAAACGUUGAUGGGUUUGGGGAAAAAACAGGGGGUUUGGUGAUGUACGCGCCAUGUCUGUAGCUGUGUGUGUGUGUGUAUUGGUAACCAGUAGUAUAUUUAUGUGUGUGUGUGUGUGCGUCGGUGGGUGUUUAGCAAAUUAUAACUGCAGACGAUAUUAUCAGCUGGCGGGUACCGCAUGCGAACAAUUUGACAGCAAUAUGGUAAGCUGCCUAUGUGAAACUACAGAGUGUAUCUAGGCGCAAUGGUAGUUAAUAUUUCGUGGACAAAAUGGCGCCGAACACAGAUGGAGUGCACACAGACACGGUGCAGCGCUAUCAAAAAAAAAAGGGGAGGAACAUCAUCAAUCUCAUACAUACACACUCACACACACAAACAACAGAUAAACCCUUCUUCUGCGGGAAGGAAGUGGGUUUAGUAUGUUAGGGGGAAAAAAAAGAAACAAAUGAACAGUACACCUGAGUUUUGGUUCAAUGAACAGAAUCGGUAGCAAAAAUUGCAGAGAUAUAUAUACACAUACAAAUAUAUAUACAUAGAUAUACAUAUAUACAUAUACAUAUAAGAGAGUGUUUGUGUUUGAUAGAAGUAUUUAGCGUCAAGAGAGAGAGAGAGAGAGAGAGAGAGAGAGAGAGAGAGAGAGAGAGAGAGAGAGAGAAAAGCAAACGAUUCUUGAGCUUCUGCCGAACCUAAAGAACCUGUGAAGAACUCAAUCAAUUGCAGCCACACUCACACACACACACACACAUACACAGACACCUCACACAGGGUCUUGACCAGCUCCUUAACCACGUGGAUGUUAAUCCUUCAUGGCUAUCGCACCAAUCCAACCACCAUUUACCAUACCAACCGGUAUAGCAAUUCAGUGUUAGGCGCGAAAUGGAAGUGGAUGCUGCAUUACAGUGAGUCGUCGUGUCUACAUGUAAACAUUUAGGUGGUGUGGAUGUAAGUCACCGGACCGCGGGAGCAAUAUGGCUGACAUCCGGUGGCAGAAUAUGGUUCUAGGGGCAAGCUUUCAUUGCAGCUUGUAUUACAGACACACACACACACUCAGAGAAAGACAGACAAAUGUUAACACACAGCUAGUAACUCAGUGUUAGUGUCAAGGUGCGCACGCCGCGGAUUAGAAUAGUGAAAGUUGGUAGGAGCUAAACCAAAAAUGCAAACGCGCGCCAAGGAAAAAAGUAUCAAUGGUUACCAAUUAUUAUCGUUUUUAAGCUGUGCUGGUAGCACUAGCAGAGGUAGCAGUAAGGGAAUGUCCACGAAUCACACUUAAAACACACACACACACACACACAUAGCAACACAACAGGAAGUAACGCCUUCUGAAAGCAACAUGGUUGUUAUACUUUUUUGUCUCCAUUUUUGUAUAGUAAUUGAUGUGUGUGUGUGUGUGUGUGUAAAUGAUUUUCUUCAGUUGUUUGUUUAGUAGGUUUAGCUCACACAGAGACACACACACAUAUACGUAAACACCACCGAAGGAAGGAUUGAGGGUUCGUUUUUUUUUGUUGGUUUGAAUUUUUUUUCGCCUCUGUACUUACCACAUACACGAAAAAAAAACAAAACAGAACAAAAAUGAGAAGGAAAAACCAAACACCCCCCUCGAGACAAAGCUUAGAGACGAAAAAGCAACAACAAAAAAUGGAGGAGAAGUUUUGAAAAAAAAAAAGCUUAAAAUAGCUUAAAAAGCAUAUCUGUAACAUUAUGAUUUUGGAUUUCAAAGAGGUGCUGCGCAUACGCGCCGUGAGAUAUAUGUUGUGGAGACAGAAAAAAAACACACACACACACACACACACUCAAAUAACAUAUGGAGACGCGUUCGUUCGGAAAAUGGUGUAUUUUUCGGUGUACUGACAUGGCUUGUUAUAAAUUGGAAACCCCUGUAAUGGUAUAUAGAGCGCGUGUGCGUGUGUGUAUGUGUAGAGAGAGAGAUGUGUCGGUUAAGCAUAGAAAAGAGAAGUAAAUUGGAAAUUAAUAGAAAAAAAAGAGAAACGAGAUACAAAACACACACACACAACCAGAUAAAAGAAAUAAAAGAACAGAAAAACGAGACGAGAGAAAAGACACAACAAAAAAAAACAAACAUUACAUAGAAAAAGGUUAAAAACAGAAAAAGUAAAACAAUAUCAGUGUAACUUAGAAGAAAAAAAAACAAAGAAAAAAGCAAGUUUGAUUCGUGCAGUAAGACAAAGAAGAAGAAGAAGAAAAAACACACAGACACACACACACACAUGAAGUCUCAGUAGGAAGCAGUAAAGGAAAGGUGGAAAGGUGGAAAGAAGCAAAUGCAAGAGUGGAUAAACCAAAAAAGGAAAAACAAGAAUCAUAUAAGAUAAUUAUGGAUAUAAAUAUUUAUAUAAAAAAAAAAUCUCCCAUAAUCAGGCAGGUCCUACCGGGAGUUAGAGAAAGCUCAUAAUCAUACGUACACAAACACACACACACACAAACUCACACAAACACAGGUGAAAGACUUCUGAAUACUACCCCCCCCCCUCACCCUUCCUUCUUGGCUGCACUAUCCUCUAGUUUUCGCUGGCUCGCUUGUAGCUUUACUUCUUAGUUGUCCCUGCCCAAGCAAAACUACAGGAAACCGGAAACCCCCUGUUUGGAACGACAAACCGGAACAUGUACUAACACCUUCCAUACUUCUGCCACAAUACAUAAAUACGCUCACAAACACAAUACAAUAACAAGAAGAAGAGAAGAAAAGUCAACACUGUUUUGCUGUUACACUUAAUAAAAUGAAGUAAGGUUAGAAGUGAAGUGAAGCACGUGAAAAAGAAAAACCACACACAACCCGAAACCGAAGAAAAGAGAGAGAGAGAGAGAAAAAAAAAACAACAGAACAGAAACACAUUAAAACAAAACUAAACAUCGGUGUCUGAAACAUAAAGGAAAAAGCGCAAACAACCAAAAAAAAAAAGAGAAACAAACGGAAGUAGGUAACACUAAAUCUCUUCCAAAAUUCGUAUCGAAUCGUAUUUUUGUGCUUAUUAGCUGGUUAUCAAAACUUACAAAAAGAAAAGGAGAGCAAGCUGUGUGGAGUAAAAUACAUCACACCCCUCCCUCCCCCUCCCCCUACGCCCCCCUCACAUAAUGUCGUUCACCUCCUCAUCUCGCUCACACACCUACCUUCGACUUUUCCCUUUCAUCUUUUCACUCUACAAAACAUAAGAAAAGAAAAACUCUUCGUUUAGGUAAAUUGAACAAAGUUUAUGAAAUUAAGGCGCAAAACGGAAGGAAGCAAAACUUAACCGAUAAAAUCGUGAAUAGUAAAACAAAACCAACCAAAAAAAAAAUCUAUGAAUUAAUGAGCAAGCAUAAGCGAGAGAGAGAGAGAGAAAACACAACAAAACAGACAAACAACAUUGGUAACACAAGACAGAAAAAAAGGAAACAAAAGAAACAAUAGUAUCAAUCUUUCGAAACGGGGGUUGAUACUACCUAUAUGAAAGCGGAAGAAAAAGAAAAAGGAAAAACACACACACACAUACACACAGGGGAAUAGCUAAGUGUAACGCUGUGAGAGAGACCGAGAGCCAAACAAACAGUGUGAGUGAUGAAAUGGGCAAAAACCACGCCAGGAAGAAAAGAGUGGAAAAGAGAAGAGAAAAAACCAUGGGAAAGGAACAAAUAUCAAUACGAGUACAUUAAAAACACACACACACAUUGAAACAAACAAAAAAAGAUCGAAGUGAAGAAGAAGAAGAAGAAAAAGACGCAAUAUAUUUGGUUGUCUCAUCCAUAGAAAAUACAUUAUUGAGCUAAAUAAAGGUGAGGUGAAGAAAACAAAACACAAACAAAACAAAA